GUUAGUAUUUAAGCCCUUUUUUUCCCUUAGCGUCGAGCCACUUUGGAAGUGCCCGCGGGAACGGUCGCCCCACCAUGGUUUCUCCCGUGUUCCUUCUGCUCUCCUGUUUCCUCGGUCACGUUGCUGUGGCAGGAAGGACCUGUCCCAAGCCAGAUGACUUACCGUUUGCCCUGGUGGUUCCAUUAAAGCAGUUCUAUGAGCCAGGGGAGCAGAUCACCUACUCCUGCCGGCCGGGCUACCAGUCCCGGGGAGGGAUAAGGCGGUUUACGUGCCCUCUCACUGGCAUAUGGCCCAUCAACACUCUGAAGUGUCUGCCGAGAGUGUGUCCUUUUGCCGGCAUCCUAGGAAAUGGAACGGUGCGCUUUACAACAUUUGAGUAUCCCAACACCAUCAGCUUUGCUUGUAAUACCGGGUUUUAUCUGAAUGGGACGGGCUCGGCCAAAUGCACGGAGGAAGGAAGAUGGAGCCCCACGCUACCCGUCUGUGCCCCUGUGACCUGUCCUCCACCACCUGUGCCUAAAUUCGCAACACUUCGUGGUUAUAAGCCAUCAAUGGGAAACAACUCCCUCUAUCGGGACACUGCUGUCUUGGAAUGCUUGCCAAAGCAUGCCAUGUUUGGAAAUGACACCAUUACCUGCACAGCCCAUGGAAAUUGGACCGAAGUGCCAGAAUGCAGGGAAGUAAAGUGCCCGUUUCCAUCAAGACCAGACAACGGAUUUGUGAACUAUCCUGCGGAACAAGCACUUUAUUACAAGGAUAAAGCCACGUAUGGCUGCCACGAGACAUUUGUUCUGGAUGGCCCGGAAGAAGUAGAAUGUGGCAAGUUGGGGAAAUGGUCUGCCCAGCCAAGUUGUAAAGCAUCGUGUAAAUUAUCGAUUAAAAAGGCCACCGUGCUUUACCAAGGAGAGAAAAUAAAGCUCCAAGACAGGUUUAAGAAUGGAAUGCUGCAUGGUGAAAAAGUUUCCUUCUUCUGCAAGAACAAGGAAAAGAAGUGUAGCUAUACAGAGGAUGCUCAGUGCAUCGAUGGCACCAUCGAAAUCCCCUCAUGCUUCAAGGAGCACAGUUCGUUGGCCUUCUGGAAAACGGAUGCUUCGGAUGUCAAGCCCUGCGAGUGAUUCAUAGACUCCGCAGGCGGGGCCACAGGUGGAUCUGUGCUUGUCCAAGGAAAUGGAUGAGAAUGGGAGCAAAUAAAAGUUCCGGGAAGUGUUGCUUCAA